GCGGCCGAGCCUCACCCCGGCUCAGUCACCGCCGCCACCGCAGAGAACAUGGAGCCCCCUGACGCCCGCGCAGGGCUGCUGUGGCUCGCCCUCCUGCUGGCGGGCCAUUCAGGUGCCCAGGCUGAGGUGCACGUGUCUGUGUCCCCUCUGGUGGAGGUGAUGCGGGGAGAGCUGAUCACCCUGGACUGUACUCCACGGGGACACCCUGAGCAUUAUGUGCUGGAAUGGUUUCUUGUUGAUGCUUCCGGGGCCAGACACCACCUGGCUUCUGUGGAGCCACAGGGCUCAGGGCUCCGGGGCACAGUCCACAACUCUCGGGGCCGCAGACCCCUGUACGAGGUGGACUCCCGUGGGCGCCUGGUGAUAGCAGACGCCCAGGUGGGGGAUGAACGGGACUACGUGUGUGUGGUGAAGGCUGGGUCGGCAGGCACCUCAGAGGCCACCUCGAGGGUCCGCGUGUUUGCGACACCGGAGGCCACGGAGGUGUCUCCCAACAAAGGGACGCUGUCAGUGAUGGACCAGUUUGCCCAGGAGAUUGCCACCUGCAGCAGCCACAACGGAAACCCGGUGCCUCGGAUCACAUGGUACCGGAACGGGCAGCGUCUGGACGUGCCCAUGGAGGUGACCCAAGAGGGCUACAUGACCAGCCGCACCGUCCGGGAGGCCUCCGGCUUGUACUCCCUGACCAGCACCCUCUACCUGAAGCUCCACAAGGAUGAUCAGGAUGCCAGCUUCCACUGUGCCGCUCAUUACAACUUGCCCUCAGGCCAACAUGGCCGCCUAGACAGCCAUACCUUCCACCUCACUCUGCACUAUCCCACAGAGCAUGUGGAAUUCUGGCUGGGGAGCCCAUCCACCACAGAGGGCUGGGUCCGAGAGGGUGACGCUGUGCAGCUGCUCUGCCAGGGUGAUGGCAGCCCCAGCCCAGAGUAUUCCUUCUUCCGCCAGCAGGGUGCCCAGGAAGAACAGCUAAAUGUCAACCUCAAAGGGAACUUGAGCCUGGAGCGGGUGCACCGGGACCAGAGUGGAAUCUAUGGCUGCAGAGUGGAAGACUACGACGCUGGCGAGGACGUACAGCUUGUCAAGACCCUAGAGCUGCGCGUGGCCUACCUGGAUCCGUUGGAGCUGAGCGUGCCCGAGGAGCUCUCUGUGUCCCUGAACAGCACUGGCACAGUGGUGAGCUGCUCUGCUACAGGCCUGCCUGCUCCUGCCGUGCGCUGGACCAAGGAUUCUGUGACCCUUGCAGAUGGUCCCGUGCUCUCUCUCGACUCAGUUACCUUUGACUCAGCUGGCACCUAUGUAUGUGAGGCCUCCACACCCACAGUCCCCCUCCUGAGCCGCACACAGAGUUUCCAGCUGGUGGUCCAAGGGCCACCAGAAUUAAAACCAAAUGAGAUAAAGCCCAAAUCAGGGAACAGCUGGACAGAAGGCGAUGAAGUCCUGCUGACCUGCUCUGCCCGAGGCUUCCCAGAGCCCAAACUCACCUGGAGUCAGCGAGGCGAUACUCCAGGAAAGCCCCCCUUUGAGGGCAGAGGCUGGAGCAGCAGCUCGCUGAUGGUGAAACUGACCAGCACCCUGAGCCGAGAGGGCGUGUCCUGUGAGGCAGCUAACAUCCACGGCAAGACAGGUCACGUCUUCCACUUUGGCUCUGUGGCUCCGCAGACUGCCCAGGCUGGAGUGGCUGUCAUGGCCGUGGCCGUCAGCGUGGGUCUCCUGCUACUUGUGGUUGUGGCCUUCUACUGCAUGAGGCGUAAGGGGCACCCCGGCUGCUGCCGGCGAGCAGAGAAGGGGGCCCCGCCAGCCAGGGAACCAGAGCUGAGCCACUCUGGUUCAGAGCGGCCAGAGCAGACGGGCCUUCUCAUGGGUGGGCCCUCCGCAGGAGGCAGAGGUGGCAGCGGGGGCUUUGGAGAUGAGUGCUGAGGCUGAGGGCCUUCCAGAGGGAGUCUCUGGAUCUGGAACUUUGGGCAUCAUCGGAGGACCGGCUCUGCGCUCAUCCCCGCCUCCUUCCUCCUCCAGCCUAGGCCCUCCCUUCCUUCCUCUGCCUGCUGGGCAGGGAUUCACAGUAGCCAGCAGCCUCACGGAGGGAAAGAGGGGGGUGGGGGCCUGGGAGGAGGCCUUCCUCCAGGGAGUAUAACUCUCUCAGGCCCCAGAAUAGCUCCUGGACCCAAGCCCAGGGCCUGGCCUGGGAUAUGGCGCUGAGGGUCGGCAGCCUGGGGCUAUUUUUACCUCCUGUGUCCCUUGCUAGGCACUACCCCCACCUGAUACCCUGCUUGUAGUCUGACACUGGAGUCCCCAACCCACCUGAUCCCUGCCCUUGUCCCCAGCCCAUCAUCUGUGAACACUGGAUUCUGAAAUAAAUGCUGCCUGUCACAUG